AGAAAGUAGGAAUAUUAGGCUAGAACAGAAGUCGGAUAUAAUAAAAUAAUAACGACGCAUUUUCCUUUGAAAAUUUGGCAAGCACAGCAAGUUGGCCAGAAAUCGGAAUAAAAGGAAGAACCCUAACGACCCAAUUUACAGAAGAGAGGGAAGGCAGGGGAUUCUGAAUUGUAGCGAGAAGAGCAAAAGCAGGGGAAGAAGAUGGUUCUGUACUUCAAGGCACGGCCAGAUGUGGGCGAUUACACCAUUUUCAUGGGAUUCGACAAGUUCGAGAACGAGGAACUCAUCAAAUACGGCUUCCCGGAAGACGUUUGGGCAGUUGGAAGGUUGGCUUUUAUGGAUGACUUUCACAUCGUUGUUUUGUUUCUGAAUGGGUUUCUGGCGAUUCCCCUCAAUGCUAAGACUAUGUUUCGUUCGGCGGAUGGUUACAGGUUUCAUGUGGACAAAAUGUCUUCAGCCCAUGUUUAUGUAAGGCUGCAUAAGGGUCAGACUUUCGACAAUAUAAGUGAAGGGUUACUAGAGGAUUGUUGCCAGCUUGUCAAAGCAAAUUCAAUUCAAGGCAAUGGCAACAAGGUUAACAACAUUGAUGUUGUUUACACUCCCUGGUCAAACUUGAAGAAGACCGCUACAAUGGAUGUUGGUCAAGUUGGGUUUCACAAUUCAAAGAUGGUUCGUACAGUGAAAGUGGAGAAGCGGAUUAAUGAGGUGAUCAACAGACUGAACAAAACAAAAGUAGAAAGAACGCCUGAUUUGAGAGCGGAGAGGGAAGCCGUAAAUGCGGCAGAAAGGGCUGAGAGGAAGCUUCAACUCAGAGAUAAAAAACGAAGGGAGGAGAUGGAUAGGAUGGAAAAGGAGAGGCAGGCAGAGGUGAGGAGCUACAAGGGAUUGAUGGUGGCGGAGAAGAUGACAUCCAACAAGCAGAUUGCAUCAGAGAGCAAGUCUCUGCAGGAGAUGGAAGAAGAUUUCAUGUGAGCCAAAACGAAGGAGCACCCCCAAGAUGUUGUACCAAAAAAUGGUCUGUGGCCUUGCCGUCGCCCCUCCGUCAAGGGAAGUGGAAAAUAUCAUUCUGCCUUUGUAUGUCAGAGAGCUCCAAGUCUAGCUCUCUCAUCAUUCUCUUUCUGUUACUCAUGUCCUGUUAUUUUCAAUUGAGAAAGCCCGGAGGAAAUGUAAAACUGAGGGAGAAAUCGAAGGAGACCAACUCCAAAUUUGAAACGUGGGGUGGUAAACCAUAAAAUUGUUUCACCCAAAGUUAUUUGCUUGGUUUCUUUUGGAGACAUAGAAAGAAGCCUACUUCCUCCCUUUGGCUAAAAUGAUUUGUUGUUGCAUCUCAUUUUGAUGGUUCAUCGAAAUCUAUUGAGUCAUCGAUCGUUGGUUUCACCUGUAUAUUUCCAAG